AUGACGAGAUCGGGCGGCCGGGAGGAGUUCUGGGGAACGCGGGAGGAGCUUCUCCUGGCGUGCGCUGUUAGCCGGCACGGGACGCAGAGCUGGGACUCGGUGGCGAUGGAGGUGCAGACGAGGAUCCCCUUCUCGCUCAUCCUGGAUCCGCAGACGUGUAAGCGGCGCUACCACGCGCUGCAACGGCGAUUCACAGCGGAGGAGCGUGGGAUCGGCGUAGGAGACGCGGCGGGCGGUGUCGGAUCGAGCGCGAUCCCGCUGCUGGAGGAGCUCCGGAAGCUCCGCGUCGCCGAACUCCGGCGGGAGGUGGAGAGCUACGACGUUUCCAUCACGUAAAUAUCCGCUUAACGGAGCUCUUAUUUUCUGUUUAACUGCGAAUUAAUGGCCGUCGGAUAAGGAUCUGACGAUGCCUGGCCUGUGAAGUUUCGAGAUCUGGAUUAUUAUAUGUUUCGUUUUUGGUUUCCUUAAGGUCUCUUCAACAUAAAGUCAAAAAGCUUAAAGAAGACCGCGAACGGAGCCUUGAAGAGGAACAAUCCGGCGAGGGAAAACCAGAUCCGCCGGAAACCGAUGGGCGGGAGGGGGAGCCAGUCGUACCUUCAACUCUGCCGGAAAACCAAACCGUCGACCGUGUCUGCGGUGGCGAUUCCGGCCGGUCCUUCAACGAGUCAAACUCGUCCGAAGCGAAAGAUGGGAAACACGGCGGAGUUUCGGUCAGCGAGGAGAACGGCGUAGGAAAUAUCGAUCCCCUCACAAGCGAUGAGGAUAAGGUCGGCGGGGAGGUGUCCUACGAUGGAAGCUCCGACACGGUGGCUAGGGAAACGGAAGUUGCGGUUCCUGAUGGAGGACCGGGGGUCACGCAUCAGCCCGACGUGGGCGAGUCAGGCGAGUCGGUAGCCGAGUCGAAAGGCGAGGCGGCAGUAAAGGAGAACAGCGACGUCCAGAGUUCCGCGAGUCUCUCCCGCCGGCGGCGCGGCCGGAGGAAGUCGGUCCGCAGAGGAAGUCGAAGCCGAGUAAGGGGAGACGAGGCGGAAGCAGAUGAGGUAUCCCCCGGCAACACACUGAACCUCGCCGAAUCGCAGCCGUUGGUCUCCUUCCUCGAGAUUUUCCGGUCUCACGAAUACGGCUCCGUGUUCGAGCGGCGGCUAAAGAUCCAGGUAUUUCUCAAUUUAUCGUCAUCGUUUACAUAUAUGUAUGUAUACAGGCCAUCUGGCAUAACCCUUUUAUUACGGAGACAUGUGUUUUUGCGCAUCUCGUAUAUUCUCGCGGGAAUUUAACUUACAUAUCGUGAGAAAUAAAUCACGAGGCUUCCCUUAUUUCGGCGGGUUGGGGUCCACUCCGCAUUUUCGCGCCCUUAAAAGGCACAUUUCCAGGCGAAGAUACCGUAUUGAUGUAUUCAAUGCGAUCUCAGCCGUAUGAUCCUGAUCUUGCGGAUCAGAGAUGUCUCUUCGUUUAGUCCCUCUUUUUAUUAUUUUCUGUCAGGGAGAUUGUAAGGCUGUCCUUUCUGUUGUAGCCAGGCGAAGGAUAAGAGAGCGUUGCUCCUCUACGUGGCAAUAUAUCUCAGGAUCAUCUCGCAACAGAUCUGAGUAUUUAGACCUAGUAGUUCUGCGGGUGUUCGCUCUCGUUGCUAAUAAUUUAUUCGCCUUAACGACUUUUAUCCACGGCUGUAUAAGACCAACAAACUGUUUUAUCCCAUUCAUAACGCCGUUGCUUUCGGACUCUCCUCCACCAUUGUCUCUCUAUUAGAUAGUUUUUAUAGUUUUUCCUUUUUUACUAUUUACCGUUUUGUCAUAUAUAUGUAAAAUCGAUUCCUUUCUGUUUAAAGGAGAGCUCGAGGUAUCGGAUCUUGAUUCGGCAGCACAUGGAGGUGGCCAUGGUGCAGAGGAAGCUGAUGGAGGGGGGCUACGCCGUGGACGUGGAGUUUUACCGCGAUCUUCUGCUCCUCUGCACGAACGCCAUCAUAUUCUUUCCCAAAACCGCCAUGGAGUUCGUGGCCGCCGUCGAGCUCCGCAGCGUCGUUCGCAAGCAGAUAGCUGCCGCGAUCCACCGGUCGAGCUCGUCGUCCUCCGCGGAAGAACCGAUAACUAUCCAUCAGACAGUGAUCUCCCCCAACACAGAGAGCGACCCUGAUCUCCCCGUCGCCCCGCCGCUGGUCGCUUGCCGGAAGCGGAGCUCAAUCGCCAAGGAGGCCUCCAAGACGGCGGCCGCCGUCGAGGAGGAGAAACCACCAGAUUCCCAGAAGAAAGAGGCGGAGAUCAUGAACACCAGCCGGACGAGGGAGAGAUCCGUGGUUGCGGGGCUGAGAAGACUGAGAACCAACAAGGGCCGCGGGGGGAGCAAUGGAGAGACGAGGAAUUCCAUCUCGAGAUCGGCGGCGCUGCACUCAACGGAGGACGACGGGUCGGAGAAGCCGGCGAAGACGGAGAGGAGCAUCGACAACGGGGUCGCCGUCGUCAAGAGGAGGAGCGCCAUGAACAACCUCUCGACGAGGACGACGGAGCGGAGGCACGCGUCCUCCAACGGAACGCUUCUGGAAACCCUAAAGAACUCGAGGAAGAGCUUGGGGAGCGAUCCGAAGAAGGAAGUCCGUGGGGACGAAGGCAGGAGGGACCAGGGCUCGAGGCACGCGUCCGGUUCCCCCAGCAGCUCCUCCGGGAAGCAAGCGCAGGAGCAGAACGUCCCAGUGAAGCGCGGCGUCGGCAGGCCCCCCAAGAGGCCGCCGCCUCCUCUCACGCUGCCACCGGCGAAGAGGCCGAGGGGGGCCCAGACGGAGGCGCCACCGGCGAGGGCCGCGUCGGGGAGGAAAAGAGGCAGGAAAAAGUGA